GUUGAGCUACUGGAUCUGCAAAAUAGUGUCCAGGAAGUACUACAGAUACACAUGUCAAUAAUAAAGUUGAAUAAUCAAGUUGUGUAAACAGAUCUAGUAGCCAAAUGGAGAGGAGAAUGAUGGCACCUCGACCUUUAAUGGUUGCAAUAGCAGUCACUUCUGCUAUCAGCUUUUUCAGUUAUUUAGCUGCAUGGUUGCUAAGGAAAUCAAAGAAGGAAAAACCAAGAUUUGGGCAAGAAAUUCGAGAUGAGGAAUUUCUGCUUGGGGAUGAUGUCAUCCAAUGUAACCAUGGUUCCUAUGGUACUGUGCCAAAACGAGUGCUUCAUGCAAGAGGAGAAUUCCUUAAAGAAGCCGAGUACUCUCCUGAUGAAUUCAUGAGAUUGAAGAGUCCUAUUUAUUACGAGGAAGCGCUUCUCAGUGUUGGUGAUUUUGUUGGCGCUAACAUUGAACAUAUGGUGUUUGUGGAGAACACAACAACAGGCAUUAAUACAGUUUUAAAGUCAAUGAAGUUCAAGAAAGGCGAGAGUAUCUUGAUAACUAAUUUGACGUAUCCCGCUGUAAUUAAUACAGUGAAAGAUGUUUGCAGUGAUCCAGAAUUAGGAAUGUCGGUUGUCACACUAGACAUAAAAUUCCCGAUUCGCAGCAAAGAAGAAAUAUACAACAAUAUAGAGAUAUCUUGGAAGACAAUCCAUCUGUCAAAGUCGCAGUCAUUGAUCACAUCACCAGUUCAUCCGCCAUGGUAAUGCCAAUUAAAGAACUCAUAGUAGUUUGUCAAAGUAGAGGUGUACAAGUGAUAAUAGACGGGGCACAUGCACCUGGACAACUACGACUAAAUCUGGAAGAGCUUGGUGCUGAUUAUUACAUCGGUAAUUUGCAUAAGUGGAUGUUUGCUGUCCGAGGGAGUGCGAUAUUAUGGGUACAUCCAAAACACUACAAGUCUAUCAAACCACUGAUUACAGGUCACAAUUAUCAGCAAAGUUUGUUCAAUCAGUUCUUCAAUCAGGGCACACGUGAUUCAACUCCUUAUUUCUGUGUGCCAGCUGCUAUACAGUUCUACGAGGAGAUUGGUGGAUUUAAGAAAAUCACCAAAUACAACACAGAAUUACUUCACUGGGCAAUGGAGUUAUUGAAGGAAUCAUGGAAGACAGAAAGUUUUCCAAUACCUGACAGCAUGAGGGCGCCCUUUAUGGGAAUUAUUGCUUUGCCAGAGACCAGUAAGGGACCUAUAAUGAAUACAGAUUCCAGGGGAAUUGCUCAGCUAGUGGACAAAAUUUAUGAAAAAUACAAAGUUCAUGUUGUUAUUGUAUAUCACCAGGAACGUCUCUGGUGUCGUUUGUCAG